UAUCUAAAUAAUAUAUAAAUAGAGCUCCAAGCUUCCGGGUUGAUAGUAUUGUUGUUCUGUCGGGUAACACCUAGUUUUUAUCUUUAAUUGUAAAUAAAAAUACAAUUAUAAUUCAAAAAUAUGGGGUGUCUUUGGUCAAAAGAGGAUGAAGAGCUUCCUCCUAUAAGCAGAUCGCGGUGGAGAGGCCAUGAAGAAACACAUUCUUGUAGACCAACGAGCCUUGAGAAUUCAACAUCAAUACCGCGUCAAUAUGUAUUAAGAACACCUAUAAUACAAAACGUAAAUAGAAUUGUUGUACCAAAAGUCAAACCGAGGAGUGAAAAUAGUACUGGAAUACCAACUCAAGGCUUAAAAUGUAGGCCUGCAAUUAAUGUAGAGUCUAAAUUAAGGGCUAUUAAUCAAAACAAUAUUGGAGGACCUAAAUUUGGAAAAUAUAAAUGUAAUAAAUGUGGUCGUUCUUGGGAUAGUCGACUUUGCUGGCCUGACAAAUAUCAGAUUUGUAAAUACUGCCGAAAACCAGUAUAUGCUCACAGUCACAGAGAAUUAGAUCCUUCUAAUAUUACUUAUGAUGCACAAAAAAAAGGAGAGCAUCCAAAAGAAUUGUGUGAAAAGUGUAAACAGCUAGGACAGUACUGUAAUACAACACAAAGGUUUUUAAACCAAAAUUAUAUUCUCAAUCAAGAAGUAGAAUAUAUAAGAGAGACUAAGGAUAUUUAUAAAUGUUAUAAAAGAUUUUAAGU